AUCCCGUUACCGUACAUUUGCAUCUCGCCCUAGCAUUUCCAUUGCGUGUGCAAAAAUCGACAGAGGAAAACAAGAGCAGCAGAAUGCGAAAGUGCAGUGAUGUGAGAAAAUAGAGAAGGAAAAAUAUUGUAUAUUUUUAAAUAUUCGCCCUCAAGGCGGGCCCAGCAAUACAGGCAACCGAAAAUAAUAAGAACUGAAAAUAAGAACAGCCCUUUGGAGAUUUGCCCCCUGCUAAAAGUGCGUUGCAUGUGUUUCUAAUAAUGAAGUGUUUAUUUUGGGCGCCCGCAAGUGAAAUGCAUUUGAAAUGCCACAGCGAUUGAGCAGCGACUCGAAAUCAAGAGAUAAAUAAAAUUCGGAAAUUCGAAGUGCUUGUAUAUUCGUUGUGCUUUUUUAUGCCCGCCUUCCAUUUUUUGGAUUGGAUUAUUUCCCUGGCGAACUGUAACAUUCCUGUGAAAUAUGUAACAACUGUUUAUGCUUAUUUUGGUGGCCUACAAUAUUUUUGCGCCUCCCACAGGAAAACAAACAAAAAUGUAUUGAUCAGCAGUGGAAAAGGUGGACUGGACAAAGGAAUUUACCCAUGAAUAAGUCAAGUGUUAAUAGUAAAGUCAACAAUUGAAGAGAGAGCACUUUGAAAAGGGAAAGUCGAAAAAAGGUGUUAAUACCAAAAAGGAACAGAAAGUGCCGCGGCAAAAUGGCGGCACGACGUUGCCUGAAUCAGCUCAGGCAACGUUAUAUAACCAACCGAUUUAAUAUAUGCACCUGCGCGAUAUUCUUGAUAUUCCUCCCAUUUAUUUUGGCCAUAGAGGAGACCACAUUUGCUGGUCUUUCAGCGGAAAAUGCUGCCCGCAUGCUGGCCGGUAGUCCCGGGGAUGUGGAAAAGUCCUCGUCAUUGCAUCACAGCGAAAUGUCCUUGGUCCUGCCACACGAUACCUAUCCUGGAUUCAGCAUCAAAAAGUUCAAAACCCAUCCUGUAAAGAUAAACGGUAGCUCCCACUCUGGUGCAGCUGCCUAUCACAUGUUGGACACGGACUACUCCAAGUACUUCACCGUACUGGAAGAUGGCGUGGUGAUGACCACGGCGGAUAUUUCUCCGCUUGUCAAUCGUCCGGUUCAGUUGGUGGUUGUUGAGCAAACGCCCAAUGCUACCAAUACCCACAAUCUGCAGCUGUUUGUGAUGCACCGCAAUGAUAUGCUGCGAUUUUCGGGUUCCCUACUCGAUGCCAGUGGUGAAGUUAGGGAGAAUCAACCGGCGGGUACCAGGGUGAGGGGAGUGCCCCUGAUGCAGGCCUUCAGCGGUUCCAUCCUGGACGAGGAACUGGCCACACCCAAGAAGGUUCGGUACACCAUUAUUGACGGCAACGUGGAUGAUGCAUUCGCCCUGCAGGAACGUAAGGCCAACAAGAACAUUCAAAUAAGUGCCAAGUCCUUGGUGAUUAACGGCGAUGACGAAUCCGGUGUUUGGCUGGUCACCAAUCGUCCUCUGGAUCGAGAGGAGCGGGCUCACUAUGAUCUCUCCGUGGAAGCAUCCGAUGUCGAUGGCUUGGACAAGACAGUUUCCAAAAUACAAAUCACCGUGUUGGAUGAAAACGACAAUAGGCCGAUUUUCAAGUCCCUGGACUACAAGUUCGCCAUCGCUGGCCAGAAAUCUGCAAAUAUGGAGAGCAACAGUAGUGUGACAUAUCAGCGAUUUGCGAUCAUGGGAAAAGUUGAGGCCACCGAUGCUGAUGGUGACAAGAUUGCCUAUCGGCUGAAGUCGCCCAGUAACGUUGUCAUUAUUGUACCCCAAACUGGCGAAAUAAUGCUGGCUGGAGAGCCCACUUCAAAUGAACUUCUUAUCGAGGUGAUAGCCCACGAUCUAAGGUAUCCGAGUUUGCUGAGCGCAAAACCAGCGAAGGUUCUAUUGGAAUUUUUGGCUGCCGAACCAGUUUCGUUUAUAAUGCAACACCUGGAACACGAUGAGAUCAACAAUCACUCACAUCACCGAGAGAAAAGACGUGUCACACGAGCUGUUCGACCCACCAAGAGGAUUGAGUUCACGGAAGCUGAUGGAGAUACUGAGGGAAAAUCGGUGUUCCAGUUGGAGAAGGAAACCGAUAAGGAAACAUUCAAGAUCCGGGAUGAUAAUCCCUGGGUGACGGUGGAAACAAACGGAGCUGUGCGAGUAAAGAAGAAGUGGGACUACGAGGAGUUGGGACCAGAGAAGACUAUCGAUUUCUGGGUCAUCAUUACCAAUAUGGGACACAAUGCUGGCAUCAAGUACACGGACAACCAGCGUGUGAUAAUCCUGGUGAAGGAUGUGAACGACGAGCCCCCCUACUUCAUCAACCGGCCACUGCCCAUGCAGGCGGUGGUUCAGCUGAAUGCACCACCCAACACUCCAGUGUUCACCCUCCAGGCUCGUGAUCCCGAUACGGAUCACAAUAUCCACUACUUCAUCGUUCGCGAUCGGACCGGCGGACGUUUCGAGGUGGACGAGCGUUCUGGCGUCGUGCGGACCAGGGGCACGGAUCUCUUCCAACUGGACAUGGAGUAUGUGCUGUACGUGAAGGCCGAGGAUCAGAAUGGAAAGGUCGAUGAUCGCAGGUUCCAGAGUACUCCCGAGGAGCGACUAUCAAUUGUGGGCGGCAAACGAGCACCCCAGUUUUAUAUGCCCAGCUAUGAAGCCGAGAUCCCUGAAAACCAGAAAAAGGACUCAGACAUCAUUUCGAUUAAGGCCAAGUCGUUCGCAGACCGCGAAAUUCGCUAUACUUUGAAGGCCCAGGGCCAAGGAGCCGGCACCUUUAACAUCGGACCCACGUCGGGCAUUGUCAAGUUGGCCAAGGAGUUGGACUUUGAGGAUCUACGACAGCCGCACGUGUACUCGCUGAUUGUGACAGCCACCGAGGAUUCGGGAGGAUUUUCCACUUCCGUCGAUCUCACCAUUCGCGUUACGGAUGUGAACGACAAUGCUCCCAAGUUCGAGCUGCCGGACUACCAGGCCCACAAUGUGGAUGAGGACAUUCCGCUGGGAACAAGCAUACUUCGCGUUAAAGCCAUGGACUCCGAUUCCGGAUCGAAUGCGGAAAUCGAAUAUUUAGUAUCCGACGAUCAUUUCGCCGUGGACUCCAACGGAAUCAUCGUGAACAACAAGCAACUGGAUGCGGACAACAACAAUGCCUAUUAUGAAUUCAUAGUUACUGCCAAGGACAAGGGUGAACCGCCCAAAUCGGGAGUGGCUACAGUUCGAGUUUACACCAAAAACAAGAACGAUGAGGAGCCCAAGUUCUCCCAGCAAGUGUAUACCCCCAAUGUGGAUGAAAAUGCAGGGCCCAACACUUUGGUUACCACUGUGGUAGCCUCCGACAAGGAUGGUGAUAACGUGCGUUUUGGAUUCGUGGGCGGCGGCACUUCAUCGGGUCAGUUUGUCAUCGAGGACAUAACCGGUGUGAUCCGACUGCACAAUAAGGCCAUAUCCCUGGACAAGGACAAGUACGAGCUGAACGUCACCGCCAUGGACGAUGGAUCUUGUUGCGUGAAUGGAGACCAAACUAUCCACACCUCAACUGCCGUGGUCGUGGUAUUCAUCACCGACGUCAACGAUAAUAAGCCAGUGUUCAAGGACUGCAGUACCUAUUAUCCGAAAGUCGAGGAAGGAGCUCCUAAUGGAAGUCCUGUCAUUAAGGUUGUGGCCACCGACGAGGAUAAGGGUGUGAAUGGACAGGUGAAAUACUCAAUUGUUCAGCAGCCAAAUCAGAAAGGCACAAAGUUCACGGUGGACGAGGAGACCGGCGAGGUGUCCACCAACAAGGUAUUCGAUCGCGAGGGAGAUGAUGGCAAGUUCGUAUCCGUCACAGUUAAGGCCACCGAUCAGGGUGAUCCCAGUCUGGAGGGUGUCUGCUCCUUCACCGUGGAAAUCACAGAUGUCAACGAUAAUCCCCCACUGUUCGAUCGACAGAAAUACGUGGAGAAUGUAAAGCAGGAUGCCAGCAUUGGCACGAACAUCCUCCGUGUCUCUGCCUCCGAUGAAGAUGCCGAUAACAAUGGAGCUAUAGUAUACAGCCUGACUGCCCCCUUCAAUCCCAACGAUCUGGAAUACUUUGAGAUUCAGGCUGAGUCCGGUUGGAUUGUACUCAAGAAGCCGCUUGACGGUUGUUAUCCACGUGACCGUUAUCGAUUGAGGGUUAGUGCCUCCGAUAAGGGCACUCCCGCCUCGGCAGCCGAUGUCGAUGUUGAGUUAGAUGUCGUCGAUCGGAAUAAUAAGCCACCCAUUUGGGAUAAGAGCAUUUACGGGCCGAUUCACAUACGCGAGAAUGUCACUGUGGGUACGGUUGUAACAUCGGUUAAGGCAAGUUCGGGUAUCGAAGGCAACCCCACAGUUUUUUAUCGACUGAUGCCCGGGUCAACGGCUCAAACGAACAAGUUUCACACGUUCUACUUGCAACAAAGACCGGACAAUGGCGACACUUGGGCCGAUAUAAAAGUAAAUCAUCCGCUGGACUACGAGAGUAUCAAGGAAUACAAUUUAACCAUACGUGUUGAGAACAACGGGGCCCAACAAUUGGCUUCGGAAGCGACCGUGUACAUAAUGCUCGAGGAUGUUAAUGAUGAAAUACCUUUAUUCACCGAACGCGAACAGGAAACGGUGCUCGAGGGCGAACCGAUUGGCACCAAAGUGACACAAGUGAACGCCAUCGACAAGGAUGGCACAUUCCCAAAUAAUCAGGUCUACUACUACAUUGUGGAUUCGCCGCGAAACGAGGGCAAGGAAUUCUUCGAAAUUAACCUGCAAAGUGGGGAGAUCUUCACGAAAACAGUAUUCGACAGGGAGAAGAAAGGCGCCUAUGCCCUCGAAGUGGAGGCUCGGGAUGGAGCCCCCUCUGCUCGACCCAACAGCAAUGGACCCAAUUCAGUCACCAAAUUCAUACGCAUUGGCAUCGCCGAUAAAAACGAUAACCCGCCCUAUUUCGACAAAUCGCUGUACGAGGCCGAAGUGGACGAGAACGAGGACAUUCAACACACAGUGCUCACUGUAACGGCCAAGGAUCACGACGAGUCCUCACGUAUCCGCUAUGAAAUUACAAGCGGCAACAUUGGCGGCGCUUUUGCGGUUAAAAAUAUGACGGGUGCCAUUUAUGUAGCUGGCGCUUUAGAUUACGAAACUCGACGCCGGUAUGAACUUCGUUUGGCCGCCUCUGAUAAUUUGAAGGAGAACUACACCACCGUGAUUAUCCACGUCAAGGAUGUUAACGAUAAUCCCCCCGUUUUUGAGCGACCCACCUAUCGCACCCAAAUUACCGAAGAGGACGAUCGUAAUUUGCCCAAACGCGUCUUGCAGGUUACGGCCACAGAUGGCGACAAGGAUCGUCCCCAGAACAUCGUGUACUUCCUCACGGGCCAGGGCAUUGAUCCGGAUAAUCCAGCCAAUAGCAAAUUCGACAUCAACCGCACCACCGGCGAAAUAUUCGUACUAAAGCCUCUGGAUCGCGAUCAACCCAAUGGACGCCCCCAGUGGCGUUUCACUGUAUUCGCCCAGGACGAGGGCGGCGAAGGACUCGUGGGAUAUGCGGAUGUCCAGGUCAAUCUGAAGGACAUCAACGAUAAUGCCCCCAUUUUCCCACAGGGCGUAUACUUUGGCAACGUGACUGAGAACGGAACCGCCGGCAUGGUUGUGAUGACCAUGACAGCCGUGGACUACGACGAUCCCAACGAGGGUUCCAAUGCCCGGCUAGUGUACUCCAUCGAAAAGAACGUGAUUGAGGAGGAGACGGGCUCGCCCAUUUUCGAAAUCGAACCCGAUACGGGUGUGAUAAAGACCGCCGUUUGCUGUCUGGAUCGCGAGAGAACUCCGGAUUAUUCUAUACAAGUCGUGGCGAUGGAUGGCGGGGGGUUAAAGGGGACGGGGACGGCCUCUAUACGAGUUAAGGAUAUCAACGAUAUGCCGCCGCAGUUUACGAAGGACGAAUGGUUUACGGAAGUGGACGAAACGGAUGGUACGGCCUUGCCGGAAAUGCCCAUUUUAACCGUGACCGUACACGACGAAGACGAGACGAACAAGUUCCAGUACAAAGUUAUUGACAACAGUGGCUAUGGCGCCGAUAAGUUCACCAUGGUGCGGAAUAACGACGGUACUGGUUCGCUCAAAAUCGUACAGCCCCUGGACUACGAGGAUCAACUGCAGAGCAAUGGCUUCCGUUUCCGCAUCCAAGUGAACGAUAAGGGCGAGGACAACGACAAUGACAAAUACCACGUGGCCUACUCCUGGGUUGUGGUGAAACUGAGGGACAUCAACGACAAUAAACCGCAUUUCGAACGGGCCAAUGUGGAGGUGUCUGUAUUCGAGGACACGAAAGUUGGCACCGAACUCGAGAAGUUCAAGGCAACCGAUCCGGAUCAGGGUGGCAAGAGUAAGGUGUCCUAUUCCAUCGAUCGAUCUUCGGACCGUCAGCGCCAGUUUGCCAUUAACCAGAAUGGUUCCGUUACCAUUCAACGUUCCCUGGACCGUGAAGUUGUUCCUCGUCACCAAGUUAAGAUCCUGGCCAUCGACGAUGGUUCUCCGCCGAAAACCGCCACUGCCACACUAACAGUCAUCGUCCAGGAUAUCAACGACAAUGCUCCCAAGUUCCUCAAAGAUUACAGACCAGUUCUGCCCGAGCAUGUUCCUCCACGUAAAGUGGUUGAAAUCCUGGCCACCGAUGAUGACGAUCGCUCCAAGAGCAAUGGCCCGCCAUUCCAGUUCCGUUUGGACCCCAGUGCGGAUGAUAUCAUCCGUGCUUCCUUCAAGGUGGAACAGGAUCAAAAGGGAGCCAACGGUGAUGGCAUGGCUGUGAUAUCGUCCCUAAGAUCCUUCGAUCGCGAGCAGCAAAAGGAGUAUAUGAUCCCAAUUGUAAUCAAAGAUCAUGGUUCACCAGCAAUGACUGGAACUAGUACCCUGACCGUCAUAAUUGGCGACGUGAACGACAACAAAAUGCAGCCUGGAUCUAAGGAUAUCUUCGUGUACAACUACCAAGGACAAUCGCCAGACACUCCGAUUGGACGGGUCUAUGUCUACGAUUUGGAUGAUUGGGAUCUGCCCGACAAGAAGUUCUACUGGGAGGCCAUGGAGCAUCCAAGAUUCAAGUUGGAUGAGGAUUCCGGCAUGGUAACAAUGCGAGCAGGAACUCGCGAAGGACGUUAUCAUCUCAGGUUCAAGGUCUACGAUCGGAAGCACACUCAAACCGAUAUACCAGCCAAUGUUACGGUUACAGUGAGAGAAAUUCCCCAUGAAGCUGUUGUAAACUCCGGAUCCGUACGUCUAUCAGGCAUUUCAGAUGAGGACUUCAUUCGAGUCUGGAACUACAGAACCCAAAGCAUGAGCCGCUCGAAGAUGGAUCGUUUUAGAGAUAAGCUGGCGGACUUACUAAACACUGAAAGGGAAAAUGUGGAUAUAUUCAGUGUGCAAUUGAAGAGGAAACAUCCGCCUCUAACGGACGUUAGGUUUUCCGCACACGGAUCUCCUUACUAUAAGCCAGUUAGGCUAAAUGGAAUUGUACUGAUGCACCGCGAGGAGAUCGAAAAGGAUGUGGGCAUCAAUAUCACCAUGGUGGGCAUCGAUGAGUGUCUGUAUGAGAACCAAAUGUGCGAGGGCAGCUGCACGAACUCGCUGGAAAUCAGUCCUCUGCCCUAUAUGGUUAACGCCAAUAAAACUGCCUUGGUCGGUGUUCGUGUCGACACCAUUGCUGACUGUACUUGUGGAGCUCGCAACUUCACCAAACCAGAAUCCUGCCGAACCACACCCUGCCAUAAUGGUGGUCGCUGUGUGGACACCAGAUUUGGUCCUCACUGCUCCUGUCCUGUGGGAUACGCGGGACCCAGGUGUCAGCAAACCACUCGCAGUUUCCGUGGAAACGGUUGGGCCUGGUAUCCUCCCCUGGAAAUGUGCGAUGAAUCGCAUUUAAGUCUGGAGUUUAUUACCCGAAAACCCGACGGCUUAAUCAUCUACAACGGUCCAAUUGUUCCUCCAGAACGGGAUGAGACGCUCAUCUCGGAUUUCAUUGCCCUGGAAUUGGAGCGAGGUUAUCCUAGACUGCUUAUCGAUUUCGGCUCGGGAACUUUGGAGCUGAGAGUGAAGACGAAGAAGACGCUGGACGACGGUGAAUGGCAUAGAAUCGAUCUGUUUUGGGAUACCGAAAGCAUUCGUAUGGUUGUCGACUUUUGCAAAUCAGCAGAGAUUGCCGAAAUGGAGGAUGGCACUCCGCCGGAAUUCGAUGACAUGUCCUGCCAGGCGAGAGGACAAAUUCCGCCAUUUAAUGAGUACCUCAACGUGAAUGCUCCUUUGCAAGUGGGUGGUCUAUAUCGGGAACAGUUUGAUCAGAGUCUGUACUUCUGGCACUAUAUGCCAACGGCCAAGGGAUUCGAUGGCUGCAUCAGAAAUUUGGUGCACAACUCAAAACUCUAUGAUCUGGCCCAUCCUGGUCUGUCGAGAAAUAGUGUCGCGGGUUGUCCUCAAACCGAGGAGGUUUGUGCUCAGACGGAAACCACAGCUCGCUGCUGGGAGCACGGAAAUUGUGUUGGAUCCUUGUCCGAAGCUCGUUGCCAUUGUCGACCGGGAUGGACAGGUCCUGCCUGUAAUAUUCCUACGAUACCCACUACCUUCAAGGCCCAGAGUUAUGUUAAAUAUGCUCUGAGUUUCGAACCCGAUCGAUUCAGCACGCAAGUCCAGCUUAGAUUCCGCACAAGAGAGGAGUACGGCGAACUUUUCCGUGUUAGCGAUCAGCACAAUCGAGAAUACGGAAUCCUGGAGAUCAAGGAUGGACACCUGCACUUCCGUUACAAUCUCAACUCUCUGCGCACUGAGGAAAAGGAUCUCUGGCUGAAUGCCAUAGUCGUAAACGAUGGCCAAUGGCAUGUGGUGAAGGUAAAUCGAUAUGGCUCAGCUGCUACCCUGGAAUUGGAUGGUGGAGAGGGUCGUCGUUAUAACGAGACCUUUGAGUUCGUGGGACAUCAGUGGCUGUUGGUGGACAAGCAAGAGGGUGUCUAUGCGGGCGGCAAAGCUGAAUACACUGGAGUGAGAACCUUUGAAGUGUACGCCGAUUACCAGAAGAGCUGUCUCGAUGAUAUACGUCUCGAGGGCAAACACCUGCCAUUGCCACCGGCGAUGAAUGGUACUCAGUGGGGACAGGCUACCAUGGCCAGGAAUCUGGAGAAGGGUUGUCCCUCGAAUAAGCCCUGCUCCAACGUGAUCUGCCCCGAUCCGUUCGAGUGUGUGGACCUGUGGAAUGUCUACGAGUGCACUUGCGGCGAAGGACGCAUUAUGUCGCCCGAUUCCAAGGGCUGUAUGGAUCGCAACGAAUGCCUCGAUAUGCCCUGCAUGAACGGUGCCACAUGCAUCAAUCUCGAGCCCCGACUCCGAUAUCGUUGCAUAUGUCCAGAUGGAUUUUGGGGCGAGAAUUGCGAACUGGUGCAGGAGGGUCAGACCUUAAAACUCAGCAUGGGCGCCCUGGCGGCGAUUUUGGUCUGCCUUCUGAUCAUACUGAUACUCGUCUUGGUGUUCGUCGUAUACAAUCGUCGCCGUGAAGCGCAUAUCAAAUAUCCGGGUCCCGAUGACGAUGUGCGCGAGAAUAUCAUCAACUAUGACGACGAGGGAGGCGGCGAGGAUGACAUGACGGCCUUUGACAUCACACCUCUGCAGAUACCAAUUGGAGGGCCAAUGCCACCUGAGCUGGCGCCCAUGAAAAUGCCAAUUAUGUAUCCCGUCAUGACCUUAAUGCCAGGUCAGGAACCCAAUGUGGGCAUGUUCAUCGAAGAGCAUAAAAAGCGUGCCGAUGGUGAUCCAAACGCGCCACCUUUCGACGACUUGAGGAACUACGCGUACGAGGGCGGCGGCAGCACAGCUGGAUCGCUCAGCUCGUUGGCUUCAGGAACUGAUGACGAGCAGCAGGAGUAUGACUACCUCGGAGCCUGGGGGCCGCGCUUCGACAAGCUGGCCAACAUGUAUGGACCCGAGGCGCCCAAUCCCCACAAUACCGAACUAGAAUUGUAAGCUGGUGGAGCGAGGAGUGGCGUGGAAUAGAGUGGGGAGAAGGGAGAGACCGAAUCCAAGUCCGAUGCGGAUACCUAGAUGAACAAACUAAAACUGUUAGUAGAUACAAAGUUGCAUUUAAAACGAAAUGAAGCCCCACUCCCGAGGGAAACUCACACACACAAAGAAAGCGCAACCAAAGAAGCAUCUCAAUGCUGAAGUUGGCAGAACUCUCUACGUAAAUGGAAACUAAGAACUAGAAAACUAAAAUAGGGGAAGGGAAGUAGAAGUGAAAUCAAACACAUAUUAUGACACGUAAAAUGACAUUUGUAAAAAUAUUUCAUCAGCAUUUAAAUUUAAACAAUUACGAUAAUGAGAUUUAGUUGUUAGGGCAACCGAUAAGCCGGAAAACGGUUACGGUGGCACUUUUUCCAGCAUUUUUUGCGGGGCAAGUUAUGAACGAAAUAAAACUAAAAAUUGAGGAAAGAGAUUUGUAUGAUGUAGGAGAGAGCAUACCAAAGUUUAGUUUAGGAGCGCUUAUGAAUUUAUAACUUUAAUUCUCAAACCGAUUUAUUGUGCAUAUUAUUUUAAGUUGUAAUUAUUAUUUUAGGCAUUUUAUGUUUAUAUGUUUGUGACGCAUGUGAGAGUCAUUUAGCCGUUAAGCCAGAACAAUUCUCAACGCCUUUAAUUUAUCGAUACUUUAAGUUAAACAAUUUUUAUUUCGCAUUACUUUUUAAGGAUUACGAUUAAACAGAAUUAAAACUUAUAUAAAGGAAUACCCAAAGACUGUUUUCGUUCCAUCAUAACAAGUAUAUACAUACAUUAAAAACACGAAACAUAUAUAUAUAUUAACAUAUAAACAUUACGAAAUUUUUAACUGCAACCGACGGGCGUUUCGCAAUUUGUCGCAUUGUGUAUGAUUCAAUUUAAAGUAAACCACAAUCGGCAAAACCUGGCCAAAUUCCAGGAAGAAAGUACUCCUACAAGAAUAUUAUAAAGCAGAAAACCUAUGCUAAAACUCCAUAAAAGCGAAUCAAGCAAAAGAGUAAAAGAAAAAGUAAAAGUAAAAAAAAAAAGUAAGAAAACGAAAAAUUACCUUUAGAUGAACUUAGCGCAAUUGAUAUAAUUAAAAUUAAUACUUCAAAGGAAAACAAAUGAUAUAUAUUAAUGAUGAAAAAAUGGAAAAGUAUUUUACAUUGUAUAUAUUAUUAGUUUUAGCACGUAUACAAAGAAACACACAGAUACAACCAAAUCAAAUUGGUAGCAAAACCUAAAAUAAUAUUAAGUCAUUUCAACUACAGAGAAAGAAUGCAUUGAAAGAAAAACAAAUAAAAUCCUCCAUAUACAUAAACCCAAAACUAACUGCAUUUAAACACAAACUUUUUCCACACAACAAACCAAGCGGUUUGUAGAUUCGUCCUUUUUUUCCAUUUGUUUGCUGAAAACCUAAUCGAUCGGCAAUGGUCGCAAAUUUUUAUUAUUCUUCGUUUGUUGUUGCACAGACCCACACAUAAUAAAUGUUGUUUUUUAAGUUGAAUUCGUGUGUUUGAUUCAAUUUGCAACAGUCAGCCAGAAAAACUAAACCAGAAACGCAGUUUCCCGAUAACAGAUUGUAGAGAACCGUAAGUACAUAGCAAAAAAUAUAUAUAAGAUCUGCGUAGAUCAUACAUUUUUCUAGGAUCCUAUUAUUUUCAGUUCCUUCAUUUGACAGAUUGUCCCUUUAGCAGACAAAAAACACGACAAAAUUUUUGGUAUUCGAAUUAUCCCUACUACCACAGAAGAAUGUUUAUGAACACUACUUAAGAAAAACCUACCAUAUACAUAUAACAAAUGGAAACGGAGAAAAAUCUAACAAAACUGCAACAAAAGUUGACUAUUGAAAAGUGCAAAGAUUUUAACGUAAUUGUUAAACCAUACAGCGAAAUAAAUAAUAAUACACUUCUCUGCUGUACUUGUUUGAGAAAAUUCAUAGAAAUUUUAAAGCACAUUAAUUGUUAAAUCGAACCUUAACUCGAAGUAGCCAUUUACGAAUAAACGAAGCCAUUUUGCAUGAUUUGCCUGCUCAGUGCAGUACAGUGCGGUACGGUACAGCAAAUCCGCAGAUCGAGAAACACACAGAACACUGCCAAAAUUAGGUUUUAGUUUCGCAGGGACUCGUGAGGUUUAUUCAACGAACCGUUCAUUUUUCGCUUUCGCUUUUCUUUAGCGCACUGAACUUUUCAUUUGGCCUUCUUGCUGACGCAUCUGACUAUGAAUAAAUUUUGCAUUUAUAUAUGUAUAGGUCGAACAGCCAACGGAAACGAAAAAAAUCUCAAACAAACAUUAAACAAUGCAAACAUUUUAAAUUGUAGACAUUCAGAUAAACAGCAAACAAAAGAACUGGGCGAUAUUUUAUAUUUAUACCAGCUGGAAAACACACACAGAACAAAAAACCAAAUUAGUAGAAUGGCAAGUGAAUUAUAUACUCAUUUACACAUAUUUGUUAUAUAUUUUGUAACGUAAGUUAGAAGCAUAUACUAUAUACUGAAUAAUGCACAGACACAUACAUAUAUAAUGCGAAAUACAUUUACAACAAACACAAAUGAACACGCCGACAGACUGACAGUUAGACAGACCCAUACAUACAUGCGAUGCAAAAAUCAUACUAUUUGAUAACUAUGUAUUUAUAAUGUAUGCAUUUUUUACCAACCCGAAAGCAAGCGGCUAACAAAAACCGAAUCUCCUCUAUGAAUCGUAAAUCCCGUUCAGUCUAAUAAAAUGAAAAAACAGAUACACAUACUAAAACAAAUGAAAAUGCGAAGCCAGAAAACAAAAAACCGAUUUGAAUGCAGUUUUAGAUAAAUUUGCAUAUAAGUACAUUACUAUGUAAAAUCCCUUUAAUAUACACAAAAAAGAAAAUGCAAACGGAAACUAGUAUUAAAAAAAUGAAAUUAUGAAUAAAUUACGAGGUAUAAUGAUAAAACAAGAGCAAAGCAAACUGCUGGAAAAACUAACAAAUCAAUUGUGUCAGUAUCGAAAAUGAUAAAAAUGCUUAUUAAGUAAGCGACAGAGAAAAGGCGUGAAAACUUGUAAGCUAAUCACGCUCCACUUGAGGAAAAUGGGGAAAAUAUUUAGUUAAGAAACCUAUACACGACACACACACACAGACACACUGACAUAUACACACUCACUCAUAGACAACAUCAACAAAAUGCAAUUAUAUUAAACGAGGAAUUAUUAUAAAAGCAAAAAACACACAAAAA